AACACAAACGUAGCUGAGAGAAGGGGAUUCUUAACGGAAUUGCUUGGCGGCUAGGAUCCACUCCCAGGGCCAACAGCCUACAGACCCUACCGGCAUCCGACCCUAAAGACUUCUGGCACUGGAAAAAUGGAAGCUGAAGAGGAGCGCUUUCCUACACUAAGGCAAGUCUUGCUUCUCUUUGUUUUGCUGGCUCAGGCUUGCGCGGAGCGGGAAGCUUACAGUGUCGCAGAAGAAACAGAGAGCGGUUCUUUUGUGGCUAAUCUAGCAAAGGACAUAGGGCUGGAGGUGAGAGAGCUGUCUCGGAGGAGGGCUCGAGUCAUCUUUAACAACAACAAACAACACUUUCAGCUGAACCUUCAGACAGGAAAUUUACAAGUGAAUGAGAAACUGGAUCGGGAAGAGCUGUGUGGUCCCACUGAGCCUUGUGCGCUGCAAUUCCAGGUGUUACUGGAAGAGCCUUUGGAAGUUUAUAAGUUUAAGCUUUUGGUCAGUGACAUAAAUGACAAUCCACCUGUGUUCCCAGAAGCAGAAAUGAUUUUAAAAAUCAUGGAAAACGCUCUUCCAGGGUCGGUGUUUCCCCUGAAAAAUGCACAAGAUUUAGAUGUAGGCAUCAAUAACGUUCAAAACUACACCGUCUAUCCCAACUCCCAUUUCCACGUUCUUACCCGAAAUGGCAGUGAGGGCAGAAAAUACCCAGUGCUAGUUCUGGACAAAGCUCUAGACCGAGAGGAGCAGCCUGAGCUGAGGUUAACUCUCCUGGCAGUAGAUGGUGGAGCUCCUCCCAAAUCUGGCACGGCCCUGGUCCUCAUUGAUGUUUUGGAUAUCAAUGACAACGCCCCUGAGUUUGUGCAGCCACUCUAUCGUGUGCAAAUCCUGGAAAACAGUCCUCUGGGAUCGCUUGUUGUUACUGUUUCUGCUAGAGAUUUAGACAUGGGAAUAAAUGGUGAAGUGUUCUACUCAUUUUUUUAUGGUGAUGAAGAGAUAACUAGGACAUUUGCACUUAAUGAAAUCACAGGAGAAAUGAAAAUAAUUAGGGAACUAGAUUUUGAAAAAAUUGAGUCAUAUGAGGUGGAUAUCAAGGCGUCUGAUGGGGCAGGUCUUUCUGGGAAAUGCACUGUCAUAGUACAGGUGGUGGAUAUAAACGACAACACCCCCAAACUGACAGUAGCUUCACUUACAAGCUCUAUCCAAGAAAAUUCCGCAGAAACCACGAUAGCUCUUUUGAGUGUUCAAGACCCGGACUCCGGGGAAAAUGGAAGAAUGGUUUGUUCGAUCCAGGAGGAUGUUCCUUUCACACUGAAACCUUCCGUUGAGAAUUUCUACAAGCUGGUAACAGAGGGCCCUCUGGACAGAGAGACCACAGCCGAGUACAACAUCACCAUCACCGUCACCGACAUGGGGACCCCAAGUCUGAAAACGGAGCACAACAUCACCGUGCAGGUGUCCGACGUCAACGACAACGCCCCCGCCUUCACCCAGACCGCCUACACCCUCUUCGUCCGCGAGAACAACAGCCCCGCCCUGCACAUAGGCAGCGUCAGCGCCUCGGACAGAGACGCGGGCGCCAACGCCCAGGUCGCCUACUCGCUGCUGCCGCCCCGCGACCCCAGCCUGCCCCUGGCCUCGCUCGUGUCCAUCAACGCGGACAACGGGCAGCUGUUCGCCCUGAGGGCGCUGGACUACGAGGCCCUGCAGGCGUUCGAGUUCGGCGUGGGCGCCACGGACCGCGGGUCGCCGGCGCUGAGCAGCCAGGCGCUGGUGCGCGUGCAGGUGCUGGACGCCAACGACAACGCGCCCUUCGUGCUGUACCCGCUGCAGAACGGCUCCGCGCCCUGCACCGAGCUGGUGCCCCGCGCGGCCGAGCCGGGCUACGUGGUGAGCAAGGUGGUGGCGGUGGACGGCGACUCGGGCCAGAACGCCUGGCUGUCGUACCAGCUGCUCAAGGCCACGGAGCCCGGGCUGUUCGGCGUGUGGGCGCACAACGGCGAGGUGCGCACGGCGCGGCCGCUGGGCGAGCGCGACGCGGCCCGGCACCGGCUGCUCGUGCUGGUCAAGGACAACGGCGAGCCGCCGCUGUCGGCCAGCGUCACGCUGCACGUGCUGCUGGUGGACGGCUUCUCGCAGCCCUUCCUGCCGCUGCCCGAGGCGGCGGCCGACGCGGCGCGGGCCGACCCGCUCACCGUCUACCUGGUCGUGGCGCUGGCGUCGGUGUCGUCGCUCUUCCUGUUCUCGGUGCUGGCGUUCGUGGCGGUGCGGCUGUGCAGGAGGCGCAGGGCCGGCGUGGUGGGUGGCUGCUCGGUUCCCGAGGCCCGCUUCCCGGGCCACCUGGUGGACGUCAGCGGCACGGGGACCCUGUCCCAGAGCUACCAGUAUGAGGUGUGUCUGACCGGAGGCUCAGGGACCACCAGCGAGUUCAAGUUCCUGAAGUCUGUUGCCUCCAAGCACCCGGGAUCUAUGAAUGGUGUGGAGGAAAACCCAAAUUUUGUAAACGGUUUUGGAUUCAGUUAGGGAUCUGUUAAUUUUUCAGCGCAUUCAAGA